UGUGACGUCAGUGCCUCGCCCAGCCCAACAACACGCAACGGGCAUCAAAGCACCAGACAGAUUGCAUCACCCAAGAAAUGCCAGUGUCCAAGCAUUCUACCAUGUUGGAUAAAAUUGAUAAAUGGUCGAGACCUGGACUUAGUCGAGUCCAUCUUCAAUUCGUUCCCCAUCCUUACCACUUACAGCAGCUCAGGGUACCUGGGGCUUGAAUAAACAGCGAUUCCUGCCCAAGACUCGUCCUAGACCCCAUCGUCGCCAGCAACAAUGCGGCCUCUCCCCGGUCUUCCCCGGCAUGAGGCGGCGCCAAACGGCAAGGCAGAUCCCCGUCGGGCCUCCCUCUUCAAGCAGCUCGUCUGGUUUGUCAUCGACUGGAUCAAGAUCUCGUGGAAGGAUGUGCUCGCCAUGGCGAUCCUCGGCGCUGCCGCCCUAAGUAUCUACCGCGCCCCCCUCGCCGCAGUCCGCAACUUCCCCAUCACCUUCACCGAGUCAGGCGACAUCGUCUACCCGGAAUUCGCCUACCCCAACCGCAACUGGAUCAUCUCCCCCUCCCUAUCCGGCGUAAUCGACGCCGUGAUCCCCAUCGGGAUCAUCCUCCUCGCGCAGAUCCGCAUUCGCUCCUUCUGGGACGCCAACAACGCCAUUCUCGGCCUCCUCUACUCCCUGAUCCUAGGCUCCCUCUUCCAGGUCAUCAUCAAACAGCUCAUCGGCGGCUUCCGCCCGUACUUCCUCGCCGUCUGCCAACCCGACAUCUCCCUUGCCCAAUCCCACAACACCACUGGCUUGAAUGCGGUCGGCUUCCACCAGAUCAUGUACACUUCUGAGAUCUGCACCAACCCGGAUAAACAAGCCUUACAAACGGCCAUGACUAGUUUCCCGUCCGGCCACGCCACGAGCGCGUUUGCAGGCUACGUGUUCCUGUUCCUGUGGAUGAACGCCAAGCUGAAAGUCUGGGCCAACUUCCAGGCGUCCUUCUACUGGCUUGCCCUGCUCGUCGCCCCGCUGCUCGGCGCCGUGCUUCAGGCGUGCGCCCUAUCUGUUGACCAGGCGCAUAACUGGUACGACAUUAUCGCGGGUGCGGUGAUUGGGACUGUGAUGGCGUUCAUGUCAUACCGGGUUUGCUAUGCGGCAGUCUGGGAUUGGAGGUAUAAUCAUAUCCCCCUGACGAGGAACAGGACGUUUGACUAUGUCGCCGCGGGAGCGCUCGUGCCGGAGUAUAUGGAACGGGCGCUGUUUGUGCGGAAGUUGGGGUGGGGACGGAGAAGGAGGGGGGUGGGCAGGAAGACGUGGAGGGAGAAGAGGAGGGAGCCUAGCAAUGCGAGCAGUGCUACUUAUGCGAGGGAUAGCGCGGUGAGUGGGUAUCCUGCGAAUGGAGUGAGUUAUCCCGAGUCGGCGACGGUUAGGGGUAACGGUCAGCCUUAUCAUCCCAGGGGCGAUAACAUGGUAUAGGCGAUGGUUUCAUUACUUAUGUUUCGUUCAACUUUCUUAAAGUGUCUUGUUAAUCUGUAUAAGUUUGAUACCAAAGAGACAGCACUCACGAUGUAGGUCUAGUAUUACUGUACUAUUUUCAUUAGCAUAAC